GCUGAUUACGUGUAGCUCAGCAGCAGCAACAGCAGCUAGCAGCUUGUCACAGCGAUCACUUCACUUUAAUAAUACAACGAUCAGGUGGAUUGUUAUAACCUGAAAACAGAACGGACGAAUCUUUAUCUGCGGGUAAAAUGUUUUAACAAGAUGGGUGCUUCACGACUGUUUGAAGAUAGCACGAUUGAAGAUACAUUUUAGAAAUCCUCACUUCUGCCUUGGUUCUUGGAUGGAGGAGCAGUGAAUGUCCAUGAAUCCUGAGGAGAAACGAACUCGGCAAAAAGUGCACACAGCAUUUACAUUACAGACACUAAAACAGCGCGGAGAUGUUUGCUAAACUAAAGAAGAAGAUUGCAGAAGAGGCGGCCACAGCCCCUCGGACUGGAGUUCGAAUCCCACGCACCAUCAGCAAGGAGUCCAUUACUUCUGUCGGUGCUGACUCUGGAGAUGACUUUGCAUCUGACAGCAGCAGCUCCAGGGACGAUCUUCCUGCUCAGCUCCUUCGAAGAAACAACCAAAUCCGGAGACUAGAGGCCAAGCUCUCAGACUACGCUGAGCAGCUGAGACUUUUGCAGAAGACCAAGGACAAGCUUGAAAUUGCAUUAGAAAAACACCAGGAUUCUUCCAUCAAAAAAAUGCAGGACCAGAAUGAGUCCCAUGUCGCCAGCAGAGCCAAAAUGGCCGAAGGCAUGGCUCUGGCCCUGGAGAAAAAGGAUCAGGAGUGGAUGGAGAAACUGGAGGCGGUAGAAAAGGAGAAGGCGGCUCUCUCUGCUCGGCUGAAUGAAAUGACAGAGCAAAGUCUGACUCUGUUUCAGAAAAGAGACGAUCGUGAUGAAUUGGAAGGAUUCCAGCAGCAGGAGCUCGCCAAAGUCAAACAUAUGCUGUUGAAGAGGGAGGAGCAGUUGGGUCAGCGUGAGUCUGAGGUCCAGUCCAUGAAACGAGGUCUGAGCGAGGCCCGGAGCAAACUGCAGAGACUGGAGGAGGAGCACAACCAGAGCUGCCAACUCAACGCUGAGCUGGAGAUAGAGAGAGAAGAAAUGCUGUUGUUUAGAGAAGAGUCUGACAAAAAGAUCCUGGACUUAGAGACUCGAUGUGGAGAGUUACAGGCAGUAAUCAAGCAGGUGUCAGAGGAUUUUCAACAGUCCCAGAAUAUGGUGACGUCGUUGGAAAAGUCUUUACAAGAACUCCAGGCUGAACAUGACGCUGUGAGGCUGCAACAACAAAAGGCAGCUGUAACAGAGGAGGAGAAGGAGCGCACGUUGUCAGAGCUACAAAAGAAAGUGACGUCUUUAGAAAGAAGACUUCAAGGAAACCUGAGCCAGGAUGAGCACUUGCAAGAACUGUUACAGGAGAAAUCAAGUUUAGAGCAAACUCUGGAGGAGACGAGAGCGGAGUUACUAACUGCUCGAACCAACCAUGCUGACACAGUGAGCUCUCUGGAGGCCCAGGUCUCGAGAAUGAGCGGCACCAUCAGUGAAUUGCAGACUCUGCUCAGACACAAAGAAGACUCCUCCAGGGCGUACAGAGAGAGGACAGAUGCACAGAUUUCAAGUCUUGAGCACCAGUUGUCAGAAAGUAAUGAGAGGUUGAAGAGCACACAACAACAAAUCAAUGAAAAGGAACAGUGCACAGAGAAACUGAGAGGAGAGUGGGGGGCAGAGAGAGCCUUCUUGGAGCAGCAGUUGAGUUUGUUGGAGCAGCAGAGUCAGGACAAAUCCAGACGGCUUGAGGAAAACGUCAGCACUUUACAGACAGACAACCAGAGACUGCAGGACUCACUGGCCGAUCUGGAGAAGAGAAAGCAUGAGACUGAAUGUGCUUUGAGACGAGCAUCAGAGGAGCUUGAAAAGAGCAAGGCUGACUUGAGCAACCAGCAUAAAAUUUGCACAGAAAUCACAAAAGCUCUGGAGGACACAAGACGACAGAAAGAGGAGCUACAGACGCGGGUUGCUGAGUUGACGGCUUCUUUAGUCACGAAUCAGCACGAAGUAACUACUUUGACUGACAAACUACACCAGAAAGAAGAGAAGAUAGAAAAGCUUCAAAAUGAGGUGCAGAGUGGACAAGAGUCUCUACAGCAGCUCAAAGAGGAGAUGGAGAAACAUCGAACACAGUUCAAAAAUCAGGAGGAAAAAGAAAGUGAGCUGAAGAGUGUGAGGGAGGAGCUGCUCAGUCAGACACAGCAGUUAGACAGCUGCCAGGCCCGGAUCUCUUACCUGGAGGUGGAGGUGGAGACUCUGACCGAGCAGCAGCAGCAGCACCUGGAGCUCUGUGAGGAGGAACAGAACGGUUUGGUUACCGUCGACGACCUCGAUCACAUCCAGAAGCUCAACAGAGACCUGGAGCAGCAACUCGGAGAGAAAAACAGGACAAUAAAGCAGCUGCAACAAAGACUGGCAGAACUAAAGAGAACUCUGCAGAAAGAGCUGAAGUUGAAACCUGAAGGAGAGGCUGAAGUGAAGGAGAAGACAGCAGAGACUCGGACAGACAAACCAGAGCGGAUCAGUCCAGACCCCCCUCCCACCUCAAUUCCCAGCCCCCCCACCUCCAACACCACCGUCACCAACACGUCUGACCUCAACGACUCUCGAGAGAUCAACUUUGAAUAUCUCAAACAUGUGGUCCUCAAGUUCAUGUCCUGUAAAGAGGCAGAAGCCUUCCAUUUAAUCCGAGCGGUGUCCGUGCUGCUGAAUUUCACUCGUGAAGAGGAAGAUUUGUUGAAGCAGACUUUAGAAUACAAGAUGUCCUGGUUCGGUUCCAAGCCUUCUCCUAAAGGCAUCAUUCGGCCUUCGAUCUCAGGCAGCUCGGCGCACUGGAGCUGAUGGGGCAGAGACACUGGAGCUGGACAUAGCUUUAUUUAAAGGUCCAUUGUGUAACUUUUCUGGUGGAGGGUCUACCAUCUGCUUGUCUCCAUGGAGAUGUUGUUACUUUGUCUGGAAUAUCCCAGUAUAGCAUUGAACGUAUCCAUCUUGCAUUUACUCAAUGAUACGGGGUUUUAUUGACCUAAAAACUUGAAUUCUCACUGUGAGUGGGCUCGUCUCUCCACAGAUCCGACAUGAAACUUGGCCCUAUGGUGUCAUCUGCUGUCUCUAUAGAAAUAAAUAACUGUAAUGCCAUACUAUAGAAUAUUCCAGGCAACAUGUCCAUGGAGAGACACACCUUACAGACCCUUCAACAAAAGUUACACAGUGCACCUUGAAGCAUUUACUGCCUCCAUCGCCUCUCUGCUCUGCUGCUGCAUCUACUGUGGAGACACAAGGGCUGUAUGGAUUCUGUAGGCUUUUCUUAAUCUAAUUCAGAUAAUGUUUUAAUUAUCUGGUGAGGUUUUUUGGUGAGACCUGCAACUAGGUAUGGUUGACUUCAGCUUAAUUGCCUCGACGUCAUGAGCUUUGUGUUUUAGCGAGUCAUAGUUCUUACAUUUGAACUCUAUCUUGAAAUGACAGUCAGUGACAUGCUGCUCCUAUUAAUUUUAUUUUAAGAAGGAAAUGGCUAUGAUUAGUGAUGGACCUUCUCAGUUGUCAACAAAUUGGACACUAGUAUUAAGGUGAAGGUGAAGGGUCCGUCAAAUGUUUUUCUCCAUGGAGAUGUUACUGCUUUGACUAGAAUGUUUGAGGCAUCUUGAGGCAUUAAACCUUUCUAUCAUCAUGGAGCCCAAACUAGGCCAAUUUACAGGUCAGAGCUGUUGAAAGGCAACCCGCUCACAGUGAGAAUCCCUGUUUUUCUAUGAAUUUUUUGAGUAAUAAAACCAUCUGUAAUUGAAUAAAUGCAAGGUACAUCUGUUUAAUGUCCGAGCAAAGCAAUGACAUAUCCAUAGAAACAAGCAGGUGACAGGACCCCCGACCGAAAAGUGCACCUUUUUAAGAGAGGUUUGAAUCUGCCUUUUUAAAACUAUUAUAGGACAAAAGUGAUCUAAUCAGGGAGUGAGGCACUGAUUAGAGCCACUGCCUCAAAGCAAAAUGGUUGAACUUUUAAUACUCAGGCCAGCAGACUACUGUAUCAGUGAAGUUUGCAUGUCCUCUUUGUGUGGUUAUGGACUAUUUCUGCCAUUGUCCUAAAAACAUGCAUGUUUAAACAAAUUGGUUAAUUGCCCAUAGUGUGAAAGCAUACCUCCCAUCAAGAAUAAGCUGAAGAAAAUAUAGCUGAUUGGUGCAUGUACCAAGAAGCAAAAAAAAGUUGUUGCAAUAUGGAUGUUUUAGCAUUACCCUACAUAUGCACACUGUUCUCAAUGUAGGCCGUUUUAACAAAAAUCUGGAUGAAGGCAACAUUGUGGGUAAAAAAUGAAUGCUUUGUAAAUGACUUAGGAACUACCUUAUUCUGCAAAUGUACAUUCCAUGUGUAUAUUUAAACUGUACAUACUGUAUGCAUUGAGAGCUUUAUAAAUAUGUGGAAGAUGUAACAGAUUUUUGGACAACACAUAAUCAUGAAAACACUUCACUUUUUCAUCUAAUUAAAUUGAAGUGGGUUAUGAAGUCAAUGUUCUUUUUUUUUUUUUUUUUCGUCGUUUUGAUUAUUUUAGAGGUUAAUGUUUGGGUAAGAUUUUUAUUUUUUUCUCACGUUUGGUCAGAAUUUUAGUAUAAUUUCUCAACUUUUUUUCCUCAGACUUUUUUUUUCACUGUGUUUUCCAUACCAUACAUUUUAUUUGGGUUAAUUUUAGAGCUUACCACACUUAAGUUUAAGUCUCUGGUAGGACACAUACUGUUUUUUUUCUCUGUGAAUAUUCUUUGUCAGUUCCCCAUCAUUGCAUUACAUGACGUCGUAAGGAUCUCUGUGACUGUCUCUUUCCAAAAAUCUGCCUUCAAUCAAACAGAAAUCUAUUGGGAAGAUUUUAAAUCACUACUAUUAUAUAAUAUACUAACUUUGUGAUUUAUAACGGCAAUUGUUUUUACUGUCUCUGUGAGAAUUAAGUAAACAAUGCACUUUUUAAACAGAAA